AUGAAGGUCUCUCUCGCUCGCAUGCAGAAGUUCCUCAAUAGACGCGCUGUAGUGGACCAACCUGAUAUUCCUGUACCGGUGCCAACUGGUCCAAGAGCCAAGAAGAGCUUCAUCAUGGUGUCAUCGGGAGACGUCGAAAUCUAUCCACUGGUGUUCUGUGUAUCGAUUGGCUUCGUGAUCGGUGCUUUCAGUCUCGCUCGCCACGUGCUGUUCAACCCUGACGUGAACUUGAGUCGUGAUCGCCGCGAAACGCCAGCGUGGGAGCGCUACAAGCCUGAGGAAGGGAAAGCUUUCUCACAGAACCGCCACCACUUGGCGAAUCUCAAGCCGAACCCGGUCAACACUUUUCCAGAGGCUCUUACGCUUCAAGAGCGAACCGACGAACCUUUCUCCAAGCACCUGUAAG